ACUUUGGGAGAGACUGGGUUGAGGUGGAUCAGGGUAGGCUGGGUUAUUUCUGACUCACGCUCUCCAACGCUCUGCAGAAGCCAAAGCCGGACCUCGAGAGAAGUCUCUCCAAACCCUUGGGUGAAUCUUGUUAUUUGUUUAAAAAGUGUUUACAAAGACAUUUCCGACUUCUGCUGCCCCAGACAAGGGAUUAAAAAUGAUGGAAUCCUGCGAAGAUAUCGACAAUGUGCAUCAGGAUGGCAAAGUACUGAGCAGCAUUUUGUUGUUCAGCACCGGACUGCUCGGCAACAUUGUCGCCCUGGCCAUUCUGGGCAAACACAAGUGGGACAGCCGGCAAGGGGUAUCCGUGUUUUAUAUCCUUGUCACCGGUCUGGUGCUGACCGACCUGUUCGGAAAAUGCCUCAUUAGCCCGGUGGUGUUCGCUUCUUACGCUUCAAACCUCACCUUGAAAGCCCUGGCGGGUAACAACACUCUGUGUGCCUACUUCUCCUUUUCCAUGUCGUUCUUCGGCUUAGCCUCAAUGUUUAUCCUGUUCGCCAUGGCCCUGGAAUGCUGGCUGUCCAUAAGCCACCCGUUCUUUUAUCAGGAACAUUUCACCAAGCGCCGGGCCGUCCUCAUUUUGCCUCUGGUUUACAUUUGCUGCCUCUUGCUUUGCACAAUGCCUUUGGUGGGUUUUGGGAGAACCAAGCAGUACUGCCCGGGGACUUGGUGCUUCUUUAACAUGAACGAAGUGGACUCGCUGCCCUUUUCGGUGGUCUACGCGACCCUCAUGGCUAUCCUCAUUGUCGCCGUGAUCCUGUGUAACAGCUCCGUGGCUAUUAACUUGACCAAAAUGUACCGGAGGCAAAGGCGAAUGAGUAAUCCCAACCUGAGCGUGUGCGCUCGCUCCCGUGAGCAGUUCACCCACUCUGAGGAGAUGGAGAAUCUCAUCCUCUUGGUUCUAAUGAGUACCAUCUUCCUCAUUUGUUCCCUGCCUCUCACGAUCCGGGCAUAUAUUGGUGCAUUUGCUCCUGAUAACAAUGAAGAAGGAGAUCUGAUUGCUCUAAGGCUUGCAUCUGUGAAUUCAAUUGUUGACCCGUGGGUUUUCAUCAUUCUAAGAACUUCUUUAUUUCGAAAAUUACUUUUCAUGUGUUGGAAGUUUACCCUGCAUGUGUAAUCUUGGGGUGAAAAUAAUUAAUGACUACUUCAAUGUAAUAUUCAAUGUCUUGCCGUUCCUUUGAUUUCUCCAUUAACAGAGAAGUCUACUAAUUAAGACACGUGACAAAACCCAAUAGCCCAACAAGAAAAAACCUUGAAUGUUCUGAACGGAACUUUUCCAAUUGGAAAUGGAGGAGACAAACCUAAGAUGCAGAUUAAAUUACAUCAUUGUUGCACAUUAGUUGGAAAUUGCAAGAUGUGUUACGCUUUCUGAUGUGUUUAUGUGCCUACCGCAUGUAUGAUUGUUACUGUCAACUGCACAGAUGCAUCUGACUGCUGUCUAGAAUGUACUAUUGAGGGCCUAAAUUUGUCUUUAAUGUGUAGAGUUGGUUGAAUGGCGUUACUUUAAGUCAGCCAGAAUUUCAAGUAUAAAUAGCACAUUUUCCUGGACUAAGUUCCUUUACACUAUGACUCAGACGUAGACAAAAUUGUAGCUUUAACCUGCUUCCAACUCUAAAAGCAGUUAUUCUACUUGCAUCUCAGUAAUCGUGGGAGUCUCUCAGGAGGGCGGUGGAAAAUUUUAGCUCCAUGCCUUCAAAGCAUCCCUGAAGAGGUCAAACAAUUCCACAAAGCUAAAGGACUUAUCAAAAUUUACUAAGCUCAUUUGAGACCGUAGCGAGUAUAUUGAAUGACAGGAUCAUAGAUAGACAAAGUCAGGGCACUGAAGAGAGUGAACAAACCUCCCAAUAAGCCAACCCUUCAUGAACCAACUGUCCCAGAAAUGGCAAAAUCUGCAGAUUGUGCACCAAACCUUCCAGUUAUCUCAAAACCCAUCAAACUGGAAUGGAAGCAAAUCAUCCUUGAUACCGAGGAACUGUCUAAGAGAUAAUAGUUUUAUAUGCAGUUUUACUGGGGACUAAAAGCAAUGCUAAUCCAGGAAAACAAAAUUUCUGCAAAAUUUCUCAGUCCUUUAUUACCCUAGCAAGGCCUUGAGUCUGGCUACAAAAAGGGUAAAAUUUAGUAUGGAGUUGUUCUAUCACAAGAGCUUCAAUUUUGACUGGUCACAGAGAGACAUCUGAAAAUCUUAAAUCUUCUCAAUGCUCAAAUAUUUGCACCAGUAAUGUUACUAUUGCAUGCUCAUAAUGUAGAUGAAUGUCUUAAUUGCUCAUUUAGACUAAUCUAUGAACAUGUUAGUCUGUGAAAUAAUAAGUGAACUCUUUGGGUAUGAGUUAAAGGUCUCACUAUAUCUUAUACUUCUUAUAUGUGUAAUUCUAGAGAAUACUUCUUAUUAUGUAUGUACUAUACUUACGUAUUUGUUUCUGCCUCCAAUUUCCAUGGCUUCAUAUUUCCCUUCUGAAAGAUUUGAGCCACACUGGGUAAAUUUGCACAUCAAUAACUUUCUAAUACUUUAUCAAAGUGCCAGUCUUCAUGUGCCCUAAUCAAUAGGUCUGAGGGAAAUUGCAGCAGAAAGGAAAUCUGUCGUUGACACUGUAUUGCUAUUUUCCAACACAGAGCACUAUUUUGUGAACCAUUGAAGGAACAUGGCACAGUUUAUUCUCCUUCCUGGGCCUUUGUACUGUGAAGAGAUUCCCCACGUUCACUUCAGUUGAGUUAGUUAACUGGAUUGAACCACUUGGCCAUAUAAUGUGGUAAAUAAAUAUAUUCGACAGUCUGCUCAGCUAAUAGUUAUAAAACUGAAAGCUGACUAGCAUGUUGUCAUUGGUAUCAAUGAUGUUACAUAUAAAUGUAUAAUGUGAAAUAAAAUGUGAAAUCCAAACAUUUAUAUCGUGCUGCAACAUUAGUUAGGAAGAAAUGUUGGAUCGUAAACAUGUUAUCUGACUCAGCAGGAGAUACAUGUUUCCCAACUUCUGAAAAUGCUUUAGAAACUGAACGCAAAACCCACCACAGGCUUGCUUUGAGGCUUCAUAGUCAUUUAAAAAAAAGUAAAUGAAAUACAUGUGUCUUGUAUGUAUCACUGAAUUAUGUCCACAGGAUACUGGAAAUGACCUGUGAUUCAGAAUUGAAUUAGGCAUUAAAUUUAGCGCUCCAGAUUUGAUGAGCAAGCAAAUGUAUUAUUAUGAAUGUGAAUAAAUGCAUAUGCAUGUUCAAGUAACAUCUUGUGUGUAAAACUGAGAUGAAAUACAAGAAACAU